AUGAGACACCACACUUUGUUACACAAGGGAACGGAAACCCAAUCAACAAACACAUACCUAGCUCGAGUGGAAGCACAACCUAGUAACAGUGCUGCCACUCUUACAAAUCAAAUACAGUCCACAACAAAUGAAGAACCAACUACUGUCACUACCUUGACCCUUCAGGAUACCCAUGUUGAUACACAACAAUCUGGAGGAACUUUACUUUUUACAGCAAUAGUACAAAUCGAAGCUAAAGGACAACUCUACGAUGCCAGAGCACUCAUUGACUCUGGAUCACAGUCAACAUUUAUUUCGGAAAAAAUGAAGAACCUUUUGAAACUGCCAACUCGAAGUAACUUGAUUCAUGUAACGGGACUUAGUCAAUUUGUGUCUGAAACUUCAACGAAGUCAUGCCUAUUCACAAUGAGAUCCAAAUACGACCCUAGUUUCAAAUUGGAGGUAUGGGCUCCAGUUUUACGAACGUUACCUUCAAAUCUACCACCACAAAACUUAGAUAAAUCACAACUUAGAGACAUUACAUCAUUGGAAUUGGCUGACCCGAAAUUCUACAUCAGUCAACCCAUUGACUUACUUAUUGGAAUGGACAUAGGACCAUUAAUAUUCACAAUUGGAACACCAAUGAAAAUUUUUGGAUCCAUUUUAACACAACAAACCAAAUUUGGAUGGAUCGUUGGAGGACCCAUACCCGGAAAUACUAUACAAAGAAAUCCUAUUUCACUGCUAAGCACCACAGCAAUUGAGAAAGUACUUACACGUUUUUGGGAGGUGGAAGAGACCCCUAAAAAAGUUUUACGGUCAGAGGAAGACCAAUUUUGCGAACGAAAUUUUAAUGAGACAACUAUACGGAAUAAGGAUGGAAGAUAUGUGGUGACUCUCCCAUUCAAAAAAUGCGAGGAAUUAGGAAAUUCCAGAAACAUCGCCUUGGCUCAAUUCUACAGAAUGGAGAAAAAGCUCAUGAAAACACCCGAGAUAAAGGAACAAUAUGAUAAUUCGAUACUAGAAUACUUAGAGCUUGGACAUAUGCGAAAAAUUCACAAAAAUGAAAUUGAGAACAUGCCAAAUUAUUAUCUGCCACAUCAUGCUGUAAUAAAACCAGAUCGACUCACUACGAAGUUGCGAGUGGUGUUCAACGCUUCUUGUCCCUCAGCAAACAAAACAAGCCUCAAUGACACACUAUUUCCUGGACCCAUUUUACAACAAGAUCUGGUAUUACAAAUCUUAAAAUGGCGAUUUUUUAAAUACGUUUUUAACGCAGACAUCACAAAGAUGUAUCGGCAGAUACUUUUGGAUCCGACCCAAACCAAAUUUCAAAGAAUACUCUUCAGACAGUCACCUGACGACCCCAUCGAAGACUAUGAACUACUCACAGUUACAUUUGGAGUUAACUGUGCACCAUAUUUAGCAUUGAGGACCCUUCUAAAACUGGCAGAGGACAUAAAGGAUGUGUAUCCAAGAGCCGCAAAUAUAAUUUUAAAUAAUCUGUACGUGGAUGAUGUAUUAGCUGGUGGUCACACGGAAGAAGAAUCCAUCGAAGCUCGUAAGGAAUUAACUGCCGCUCUAGCCUCGGCUGGAUUUCAACUCAUGAAGUGGGCAUCAAACGACCACAAGAUUAUUGAAGAUAUUCCACAAGAACAAUUACUACCUCUUAAUUGGUUAGACAUUUCGGAAGAUGCAUCCACAAAGACAUUGGGAAUUAGAUGGAAUAUUUCUGGCGAUUUUUUCUCGUUCACACCGCCGGCAAUGGAAAAUCAUAAUACCUCAACAAAACGAGAAGUCCUAUCAACAAUAGCCAAAUUAUUUGACCCUUGCGGUUGGCUGGCGCCAGUCGUGGUGGUAGCCAAGUUAAUAAUGCAACAAAUCUGGCUAGAUAAAAUAGACUGGGAUGACCCGUUGAAGCCAAUGACCCAAAUGAACUGGAAUAAUUUUGUGAAAAACAGCAAAGAAAUCGAAUUUCUGAAGGUUCCAAGAUGGAUAAGAUUCACUGCAGAUGUUUCCGUAGAAAUACAUGGAUUUUGCGAUGCUUCGGAAAACGCAUACGGAGCUACAUUAUAUAUUCGAAUCGAAAACAAAGAUUCUAGCACUCAUACAUUUCUAUUGGCCGCCAAGACCCGAGUUGCACCAAUCAAGAAACUGUCAAUUCCGCGUCUAGAAUUAUGCGGAGCGGUACUACUCUCCAAAUUAGCCGCAUCCAUUAUAAAGAACCUGCAAAUAACAUCAUACUCGACACAAUUUUGGACGGAUUCAACAAUCGUCCUUGCAUGGCUGAAAAAGCCUCCUUGCCAUUGGAAUGCCUUCAUAUGGCCUCAUACCUACCAAAUCAAGACUGGCGCUUGCAAAAUCGCAGCCGAAGCCCUAGCGUCGCCGAGAGAAGUCCCCAACGACCAAAUCGCAGAUCCGAACGCCGACCCAAUUCCAACGAUGGACCGCAGCGCAGCAGAUCCGAUGCCCGAACAUCCCGCCCAACUCACUGGCAAUUCUCGUGUGGGCUAUGCCAGGCCGAUCACGCCCUCAGCUCGUGUCAAGUGUUUCGACAAAAAACACCUUACCAACGGUAUGACAUCGCAGAGCGCAGGGGAUACUGCAGGAACUGUUUGGCCAGGAGCCAUCUUGCACCCGACUGUCCCAGUUUAA